CAUGCGGACACACUUUGAGGCAUGGCAGGGGAGACUCGGGGUGAUUUAUGAUCCUGUGCUCUCUGGUUUGUCUUUGGUUUGUCUCUCUUUCUCUCUUUUUCUCUCUUUCUUUCUUUCUUUCUUUCUUUCUUCUCUCUUUCUUUCUCCCACCAUGCACUGCGAGCCAGGAAGCGUUGUCUCCUUUUGGCGCGGUGCUGGCAGCGGUGUCGGCCAUCUUGGAAGCAGCCCAGUGUGGUUUCUGCCUGCCGCCUGCUAAAAGAUUGCAUGACCACACGGCUACUCAUUCAUUGCUACCACGCCGUUCGCCGAGAAUAGAAAGUGUGUUCCCGUCUUCAAAUUCACGGAAAACACCGGUGAGCGGAGAUUUGCUUUACUUGCGAAAGGUUUUGCAGGGUUGAGGAGUAAAAAUUAGCAUUGGAAGAAGAACCGUUAUGGCGACUGCUACCCCAAGCCGUGAAGCGGGCCGGUCGGCGGCCUCCACUCCGCUCUCCCCGACCCGCAUCUCCCGCUUGCAGGAGAAGCAGGAGCUGCAGCACCUGAACGAUAGGCUGGCUGUCUACAUCGACCGGGUCCGGGCUCUGGAGCUAGAGAACGACCGGCUGAUGGUGAAGGUGUCGGAGAAAGAGGAGGUGACUACGAGAGAGGUCACUGGUCUGAAGGCUCUGUACGAGGCAGAGCUAGCUGAUGCUCGACGGGUUCUGGAUGAGACGGCUAAGGAGAGAGCCCGCCUGCAGAUAGACUUGGGCAAGGCUCAGGCUGAACUGGACGAAGCUACACGCAGUCUUAAGAAGAAGGACAGUGAUCUUGCAGCGGCUGUGUCCAGGGCCACUGCUUUGGAGGGCCAGCUGAACCAGAGUGAAGCCUCUCUCUCCACUGCCCUGAGCCAGAAUGCUGCUCUGUCUGCUGAACUGGCCGACAUCAAGAGCCUGCUGGCUAAGGCAGAGGACAGCCAUGCUGUUGCUAAGCGCCAGCUGGAGACGGAGACUUUGAUGCGCGUUGACUUGGAGAACCGCUGCCAAUCACUGACUGAGGAGCUGGAGUUCAGGAAGAGCAUGUUUGAAGAGGAGGUGCGUGAGUCUCGGCGCAGACAAGAGCAGAGGAUAGUGGAGGUGGACACUGGAGUCAGACAGGAUUAUGAGUUCAAACUGGCACAGGCUUUACAGGACCUGAGGAGGCAGCACGAUGAACAAGUCUCUCUGUACAAGGAAGAACUUGAACAAACCUUCCAGGCCAAGUUGGAUAAUGCCAAGGUGUCCUCCGAGAUGAACGACAAGGCAGUGAGCACAGCCAGGGAGGAGCUGCAGGAAGCUCGUAUGAGAAUAGAAAGCCUUGGAUAUCAAUUGAACGCCCUGCAGAAACAGGCAUCAGCCUCAGAGGAUCGUGUCAGAGAGCUCGAGGACAUCUUGUCUGCAGAGCGCGACAAGCACCGCCGAGCCAUCGAAGGAAAAGAGCAAGAGAUGACCGAGCUGAGAGACCGGAUGAAUGCUCAGCUCAAUGAAUACCAGGAGCUGCUGGAUGUCAAGCUAGCUCUGGAUAUGGAGAUCAAUGCAUACAGGAAGCUCCUGGAAGGAGAGGAGCACAGAUUGAAGCUGUCCCCCAGCCCCUCCUCCCGGGUGACUGUUUCCAGGGUAACAGGCUCUUCCUCCUCCCGCUCAUCUAAGCGGAAGAGAGUGGAGGUGGAGGGUGAAGAAGUGUCUGAGGUGGCAGGAGAGGGGCAGCUCCUGGUGUCAGAGGAGGCCACAGCGAGUGGAGCAGUGACCAUAUCACCCACUGAUAUGGAUGGAAAUGCCGUGACACUGGCCAAUGAUACUGAGCAGGAUCAGCCUAUGGGCAGCUGGAGGUUGAAGAGACAGGUAGACCAAGGAGAGGAGAUCGUCUACAAGUUCUCUCCAAAGUUUGUCCUCAAAGCUGGACACUCAGUCACAGUGUGGUCUGCGGAUGCAGGCAUGGCCCACAGUCCACCAUCUGAUCUGCUGUGGAAGAGCCAGGCUUCUUGGGGGACAGGAAAUGACAUCAUCACCGCUCUGAUCAAUGCCGAUGGAGAGGAGGUGGCCAGAAGGAGCGUCACUAAGACUCAGGUGGAGAUGGAAAACGGAGAGGAGGAAGAGGAGGAAGUGGGAGAAAGAGGCAAGAAGAUUGCAUCCAGGGAGUGUACCAUCAUGUGAAGCCCCAAACCUCUGGUGGUUGUGACUUCCCCUAUUAUUAUUUUUUUUCCUAGAGCCACUCAAAUAUUUUUCUAUUUGUCCUGUCGUUGCCUCGUCAUUUUGCUGGUUUUUUCAUAAUUCAGGAUAUGAGGAUUUUUGGGCACGUUUCUAAUGGACUCUGUUUCUACUGCUCUUCUCAACUCUGGACCUGCUUUUAAUAUGAAUAAUUUCACUUGUAGAUAGUACAGUUAAAAAAAACAACAAACAAACAGGCAAACAUUUAUGGAUGACGCCAAAGAUUAUGGCGCCCGGCUACAGACUUUUAAUAGUGUUGCAGCUGAAUAUCCCCAGUCACAAUAACAGUAUUGUUCAGUUUCAUGUCACUGUCACAUUCUAGAUGUUUUCCAUAUGACGCUGAAUGGCACGAUUAAACAUGUGUAGUGUUUCUACACAUGUAGCAUGUAGUAAUUUAGAUUUCAUGUAAUAGACCCCUCUCCAUGAUGCUAACCUUUUUUUCGGUCCAUAAUGAUGUCAGGAUGAAUUAAUAGCAACACUGUUUUGACUGUCCAUAUUGACACUGAAUAGAUGGUGACAUGCCGUUAAGUGGAUUUAGGAGAUUUUUAUUUCCAUUUCUAGUCAGUUUUGUGUGACCUACCAAGGGGUAUUUUGAUAUCUGGCCUGUUGUCACAAUCAUGAACACAAUUCCAAACCUCUCCUCCUCAUCUCCCUCUGUCAUCCUCAUUUCCUCCCUCUCUCCUCCCUCUGACCUCUCCUCCCUCGUCUUUCCAACAAGAUCAAGAAAGCACCAUUGUUCAUCUGAUUUCAAUUUAAAAAAAAAAAAAAAAAAAAAAAUUCUGCGACAGGAGGGAUGGAAUCAAAGAUGGACCUGUGCAAUUGGCCGGAGAGGUUUUGAGGGGCGGGACUUAGAGGGUUGUGAUAUUUUUUUUUCCAGUUGUGUGUUGUAGAUUCUAUAACUGACAGUUAACUAUUGCUAGUGCCUGUAGUGGCUGAGUAAGUUUGAUAUUGUCGCCGUCGUUUCCAUAGCAGCACCAGCCGUUCCCAGUCAGGAGACACAGAACUUAAGAUGUGCAACAACUCCUCCAGGCAGCAGAGCAGAUCUUUGAGCACAGGGAUGGUUGUCACCUAUGCUGGAGUUGUUGCACAGAGGUGACGCUGUGCUGUGCUGCCUGGAGUACCUGUGGUUGAUAUCAAACUGACUCAGUAAAUGUAGGAUGCCUGGCAGCAUCAGGUCCAGAAGGGUGGGCCAGGAGCAGUAGGUUUGGUCAUGUUAUUGAAAAUACUAACAGUGCAUCUCUGUCUUAAAUGUGUUAGGGUAAGCUUAACAAUUAAGCCCACUAAAUGUUGCUCUUAUUAUUUUAGCUUACAUUCAGUGGAGGUAUAAAGACUAUUGACUACAAGACUAAAGAAAGUAGAGGUCAAAUUGAAAAAUACUUUUAUAUCCAACAUGGGUAGAAUACUUUUUUUUAUGCUAGAUCCUUUAAACCCAUGUGAAAUGAAUGCAACUAUUUCCACAUACCAUGAGUAUUAAACUAUGCACACUUAAUUUAACAGUUUGGAAACAAAAAAAAUCCUCACAGGUUUGUAACUUAUUGUUAAAUAGCUGUGUUAUUGUUUUGGUGGAAGCACAUUGGUUGUUUAAUAACCCCUCCUGUCUGGAAGGAACAGUGAUUCAUUUUCAAGUAGUGUGUCAUCGUAGUCACACAUGUUAUAUGCAUGACUGCACACCCAAGAAAAAGUUAGGGUUUUUUAUUUCACUUUAAAAAAAAUGAGCUUGGGCUUAAUAGGUAUGCUUACCUUUUUAAUCCCUGGAAGUAAACUUUUUUUAAAAAAAUUCAACGGUCCUAAAAUGGAUAGAAGCGAUUAGUGCAUUGAGAAUAUUGCAAAGCAAGACCAAAGAGCAGCCAAGCCAGUAAGGAAAUGGUACAUGGGUAACAGUGUUCUGCGGUGGACUAGCAUAAUAAAGGCCUCAGCACUGAUGUGGAGCAUCAGCAAGUUCUUAUGCAGAGUUGCUCACGUUUUGCCUAUCUGCUGCCAAUUUGUAGAAUAGAUUGGAAUUUAAGUGUCUAAUAUAUCUGUACUGAUAGCCUUAUUGGAGGAGUACAGCAGCUGUAAGCCAUGUGCUCCAUUACCACAGAGCCUGUGGUACCAGACAGUGAUAAUGUAAUACACUUAACCCUCAGAACGCCUCAGACUCUAGUUUAAGAGAAACUAACUCUACCAGACGGCACCACAGGCCAGCCAGUCCAUCUCUCAGGUUGACGAACUGUCUCACCCCACUAACUGACUACUUUUUCCCAGUAGCCGGAAACUCAAUGUCCAAAAGUCGAAACCUGCUCAACACUAAACACUGUAGGACAAACAUUUUAACAAAACUGACUAGUGUUAAAUGUUGCCUGUGUAUCAUGGCAUUUUGUCAUCAGUGACUGAUUUGACCUGUGGUAAUGAGGUACACAAAGCCUCAUAAGAAAUGAACAAGCCUCUCUGCUCUAACCACCCUACUGGAAGUUAUGAUACUGUCAUGAUUAUAAGAUCAUGAGUAUAUGUCUUAAAAAACUGGUCUAUUGGAUAGAUAUGGCCAUAAAGAUAACUUGCUCAUGGUUAUAUGAAAAUGAUGUUUCUCAGAUAUGUAAAAUGCUGUUCAAAUCACAAUAAUCAGGGUUUUUUUCUGCUGAGAUUGUGAUUGGGCAGUAUGGCAAGGAUUGUUAGCUGAAUUCAGCUUGUUUCCAUCUGAACCAUUGCUGUUUAAGUGAUACCUCUCAGCUGUCUAGCAACCUCCCAGAGGCAGCACUGUGGAGCCAACAUGGCUGCCCCUGGAACCAGGAGUGGCCAAAAUGUCCGUGGCUCUGGUUUCUAAUUGGUGAAUGUAGGCUUUGUUUAGGGCUCAGUCCUCACUACGACCACUGCGAUUGGACAAAAAAAGAAAACAAGAGCAUUGUGAUUGGAUGGCAGUUGCUCUGUCAACCUGAAAUAUUGAAGUAAAUUGACAUACUGAUUGCCUCAGUUUUUCUAACUACAUGAUAUCAUCCUGGGAAACUGAAUUUUUCUAUUGUGUGUUUGAAUGCAGUGCUUUGCAUUACUAAAUAUUAUUGUUUUUGAUA